CCCACCCUCAAAUCCCCCCCUACCCACGGGCCCCGAUCCCACGCCUCCCCCUAACCCUACCCAUGCUCACGCUGUCGCGCCCCUGACCCUCACCACGCCUCCCCAUACGGAUCGCCUCAUGGAGGCCGCCGUUGCUGCUGCGGCUGCGGCCGCCGGGGCGGUGACGACGGCGGUCGCGCCUCCGCCCGGCGCGGCGGUCAGCAACGGGGUGGCGACCGCGCCGCCGCCGUUCCUGAUGAAGACGUACGAGAUGGUGGACGACCCGGCCACCGAUGCCGUCGUCUCAUGGGGCCCCGGGAACAACAGCUUCGUUGUGUGGAACACCCCCGAGUUCGCGCGCGACCUCCUCCCCAAGUACUUCAAGCACAGCAACUUCUCCUCCUUCGUCAGGCAGCUCAACACCUACGGAUUUAGGAAAGUUGAUCCAGAUAGGUGGGAGUUUGCAAACGAAGGUUUUCUUAGAGGACAAAAGCAUCUACUGAAGACCAUCAACAGAAGGAAACCAACUCAUGGAAACAACCAAGUUCAGCAGCCUCAGUUGCCAGCUGCUCCUGUACCUGCUUGCGUAGAAGUGGGGAAGUUUGGGAUGGAAGAAGAGAUUGAGAUGCUCAAAAGGGAUAAAAAUGUUUUAAUGCAGGAACUUGUCAGGCUGAGACAACAACAGCAGACAACAGAUCAUCAGCUGCAGACUUUGGGCAAGCGUCUUCAAGGAAUGGAGCAACGGCAACAACAAAUGAUGUCUUUCCUGGCUAAGGCAAUGCAUAGUCCUGGCUUCCUAGCACAAUUUGUACAGCAAAACGAAAACAGCAGAAGAAGAAUAGUUGCUAGUAACAAAAAGAGGAGGCUACCAAAGCAGGAUGGUUCGUUGGACUCUGAAAGUGCUUCAUUGGAUGGACAAAUAGUAAAAUAUCAACCUAUGAUCAAUGAAGCAGCCAAAGCGAUGCUAAGGAAGAUCCUAAAGCUAGAUUCUUCACAUAGAUUUGAAUCCAUGGGCAAUUCAGAUAAUUUCCUUCUUGAGAAUUAUAUGCCAAAUGGUCAAGGUCUUGACAGCUCUUCAUCAACUCGGAAUUCUGGUGUUACCCUUGCAGAGGUCCCAGCUAACUCAGGUUUGCCAUAUGUAGCUACAAGCUCUGGACUUUCAGCUAUUUGUUCAACUUCGACUCCUCAGAUUCAGUGCCCAGUUGUUUUGGACAACGGCAUACCCAAAGAAGUUCCAAACAUGAGUGCGGUGCCUUCUGUUCCGAAGGCUGUGGCUCCAGGCCCAACUGAUAUCAAUAUUCUGGAAUUCCCAGAUUUGCAAGAUAUAGUAGCUGAAGAAAAUGUUGAUAUUCCUGGAGGGGGCUUUGAAAUGCCUGGUCCUGAGGGUGUAUUCUCUUUGCCUGAAGAAGGUGAUGAUAGUGUUCCCAUUGAGACUGAUGAGAUUUUGUACAACGAUGACACCCAGAAACUUCCUGCUAUCAUUGAUUCUUUCUGGGAACAGUUCCUGGUGGCUAGCCCUCUAUCUGUUGAUAAUGAUGAAGUCGAUUCAGGUGUACUAGACCAAAAGGAAACACAACAGGGGAAUGGAUGGACCAAAGCUGAAAACAUGGCUAACCUUACAGAACAGAUGGGCCUCCUGUCAUCACACCAUACAGGAUGAUGAGGUACAAUAGGACAUACUUAGCCACCAUUUGUCAAGGUACCCUGGGAUCUCGGUAAUAAACUCCCACAUCAUCACCUACCCUUAUGUCUAUGUUAUGUUCUAUCAUUUUGCUGAAACAAUACUGAAACGUCACCCUAUAUGUGGGAGGAUACUAAUCUUCCACCUAUGAAACACGGUUUACCCGAGGGGUUUACCUGCUUGUAUCUAGGUUUGGCAGGCGUAAGAAUUGAUCAAUGGUAACUUGUCAAAUCUGUAUGAUAGCUACUUUGUGUUGUAGCUACUGAUAGCUUUUUUUUUUUGUUCUUGCCUGCUCUAUCUGAUUGCAACUAACUUCUGGUAGUACUGGCAGUCUGCCACACUGUAUUGAUUCCAAAAUUAAGUAACUUUGACUGUUUCAGAUUCUGGCA